AUGAUUGGAAUAACAGCAUCAUUACUUCUUUAUACGGUAAAUAAAUCCGAAAGUUCACCAUCAUUAUCAACAUUUCAAUAUCUUGUAAACAAAUAUCCAAAGACAAUGAACUGUCCAUGUUCAAAUAUUGGAAUUACUUAUCAAACAUUCAUUGAUAUUAAUGUUAAAUUUCAUCAAGUAUGUUCCAGUCAAUAUAUAACCAAAUCAUGGAUUGAAAGUGUCUUUGCACAAAGAAAUCUGUCAUCUUUCAAAUCUGAUGACAUUCAUCAAAUGUUAAGUUUCUUCUGGCAAAUAAUUGCAGAUUUCUGUACAAUUAGUAGUCAAGCAUUUCAUUCAGCGAUUAUCAAUUUUGGCUCAUCAUUUAUACUCAGUCCGAAGGCUAUCGCACCAAAUAUAAUUGAAAAUGAAAUCUACUCUGAACUAAAUGGUUAUAUCGCAUCAAUUCAAACAGGAUUACUUGAAAAUUUGAUUGCAAUUCAACGAACUAUUUCCGGUAAUCAAUAUGUUUCAGCUUUAACAAAUAAUUUCUAUUUCAUUGCUUUCAAUGAACAAAAUUCUAUUCGAAUGUCGCCGAAAGAAUCAAAUAAUUGUUCAUGUAUGAGAAUCACCGUUUGUUCACAUCCAGUUCUGAUAAAUGAAACCAUCAUUCCCGGACUGAUUCUUGAUUGUUAUUUAAUUGAUGCAACAUUAGCUUCGACUUUUGAAUGCUAUUACAAUCAAACUUGUUUUUCUCUUCUACAUGAAAACUUUUCCUCAUCAGUCAAAUUACUUUCCAGUGAACAAAACAGACAAGUUGCACUCAACUCGACAAUUCAAUCGCUUCUUGAACGACUUAUGAUUGAUGAUUUAACUAUUGAAAUUCAUUUCGAUUUAUUCUACGAUCAAUGUAAACCAACAUUUUGUUCAUAUUCCUAUUCUCAUCGUUUUGAUGUGAUGUUUGUCAUAACAACGUUAAUUAGUAGUUUUGGCGCGUUAUCUUUAAUCUUACCAUACGUUGCUCAAUCGAUAGCAAUAAUUAUUUUAUAUUUUAAAGAAAAGAAAACCAAAAGAACAGAUGAAAAUGCUACAAAAUCAGUAAAACAAAUUCUCAUGCUUGGAAUUCGAUUUAUCUAUGAAAAUAUCAUUAAUUUAAAUCUAUUUGAAAAUGAACUGACAGAUGCGAAAUAUAUAUACGAACAACGAUUUACUACUCGACUUUUCAUUCUAUUUUUCACCAUACAUUUCAUUAUCAUCAGUAUUUUCGUAAUUAUACCAAAACAGAGUCAGUUGAUAACGAUUUCUCAGCCAUCAGAAGAAGAAUAUCGACAAUUAAAUGAUAAAUAUGACUCACUAGUUACUUGUCCUUGUUCACAAAUAUCCGUACCGUAUGGAACAUUUCUUAAUGUUAAUUUUGUUAUUCAUCAGAUUUGUUCGAGUGAUCUCGUUUCAGUAGAAUGGAUUAAUUAUUUAUCAUCAUUUAAUCCAAUGAAUGUAACAGAUUGGAUUAUACCCGGUGUGGCACAAGAUUUUCGAAUUUUUGGUGCAUCGUACUUCCAGUUACUUCAAGUGUUCUGCCAAUUGGCAAAUAAGACGAUUGAAAAUGCACAACAUGUUUUUCUAACAACGGAAUUCAUCAAUAAUAAUCUUAUAUCUCCUGAUAUAUUUUAUCAAAAAUCUACACACCUAAUGGAAAUAUUCAUUCGUACUACUCAAAAUACUUUCAUUCAAUCGUACCAAUGGCUUGAAGUCGUCAACACAAUAAAUCUUUUCAUUACAGGUACGAAAUCAAAUUUCGACGAAAGUAUCAUAGAUCAUCAACUUAUAUUCACCGAUAAACCUCUCCAUCAAGCUGUCUUUAUUAGAUAUGGUAUCUUAGCAGGAGCAGGCCCUUGUAAAUGCUCGACACGGAGCAACAACUGUGCUGUUGGACUACUUCUCUUUAAAAAUGCAUCAGAUAUGUUGGAUGAUGCACAGUUUUUCUCCGAAAUUCCAUAUGGUUGUAUUCCUUGGAAAGGAUUUGUAGGUUCAACAAUUGCUUGGUGGUAUGAUCCAUCUUAUAUCGAUGAUAUUCGAAAUACUUAUAUUGCAGCUAUGCCGACGUCAUUUUCACCAAUUGUAAUACCACUCAAGCGAUUAACAAAUGAUUCGUUUAUUCAAAAACAGACGAAGUAUUUGAUUGAAAAUAUGUUUAUUGAAACAAUUGUGAAAAGUCCAGGAAAUUUUUCGGCAUUUUAUCAUCAAUGUGCACCACGAUCUUGUUCAUAUACAAUUGUUCAACGUCAAAAUAUUUUUGUACUUAUUGUUCUUUUAGUAUCAAUAAGUAAAGGACUCAAUGGUAUUCUCCGUUUACUGAUACCUUUACUUAGUAGAAUUAUUAUAUAUUUUCUUCAUAAAUUCCUGCAUCCAUUUCGGAAUUUGACUAAGACGAGAAUUUCAAUUAUCCAACAAUUAAAACAGUUGUUCAAAUCUAUUCGAUUGUUUAAUUUAUUUCAAUCUGAUCGAAAUGAUGCAAUCAGUUUACAUUUACAAUUAAUCUACACACGUGUUUAUCUCAUUAUGUUCAUCAUUUGUUUAGUAAUCUUAAUAUUCUACGAGUCAGUUAUUGAACGUACUGCCACAAUCAUCACGUCGAAUCCAAGUCUACAAGAUUACGAACAACUUCUUCGUCUUUAUCCGGAUAAUGUCAAUUGUCCAUGCACACAAAUUGCCAUUCCUUAUUCGAAAAUAGUUACUCAAUUGAAUGUUACAUCAUUUCAUCAAGUAUGCACAACUUCAUUAUUGUUGAAUAUGUUAGAAAUAGGUCGACCGUUGGGAAGUAUAGGUACUUCGAACGGAUCGUACUUUGAUUCUUGGAGAUCUUUAUUCCUCGGCGGUCUUAAUAUUCUAUGUCAAUUAGCGAUAAGCAAUGUCAAUAAUAGUAUCGAAAUGUUUCUUUCAUCAACAAUGUUAACAUAUCAAAUGAUUCCUCGGAAUAUCUUUAAUCAACAGAUUGAUACUAGUCUAACUCGAUUUCAAAAACAAUUACCAAUUGAAUUUAAUCGAACACUUGAACUUAUUCGAGCCACUAGCCAUGACAAUGCUUUAAUUGCAUAUUUUCCUUCGAAUUGGAAUAUUUUCGUUACAAAUGAUACAAACUCCUUUAUCACCGAACCAAUUGUCUACACUUCUAUAGAUACGAACUCUUCAUGCUCAUGUGCCACUGAACGAUCUUGUGCAAUGCCAGUAUUGAUUUAUGAUUAUGCAAAUGAAUCGUAUUUUAAUUUGCCGGAGAAUGUUUUCUAUAGUUGUACACUAAUUGAAACAAUUCUUCAUUCAUCAUUGUUUUGUUUCUAUUCGGAUGUAUGUGUUCUACGAUAUCGUCGUUUAACAUCACCAGGACGGCUUCAAGAUCGAUAUUUUAAUCAAAUCACUGCGUGUAUCUUUAACGCUUCAUUAACACAUUUCGCGAGAAAUGAUACAAUUGAAACGAUGGCUUCUUCUAUGUUUAUAGAAUCAUGGCUGAGUAAUACAUCCUAUGAAAAUUUCUGUAAAACUUGUUCGCCAACAGAAUGUAUUAGUACCUACCGUUAUCGGUUCGAUAUUUUCGAAAUAUUUACUGCAUUUCUAAGCAUCUAUGCCGGUAUAGCAAUAAUAUUACGAUUUUUAGUACCUCAUUUAAUUACGAUUAUUACUAAAAUUCGAAACUAUAAACGUGUCCGACCGCACUAA